CUUCAGAACACUAUAGUACGACAUUUAGAGAUAGUGUGGACUAACUACAUAAAAAAUGAAGAAAAUAUUUUAUAUUUGCACUUUUGUGUUUGUCUCUUUUACUGUUGACUCAAAGAAAUUAGGAUCCGCCAAUGGGAAUUACAAUACCUGCCUAAUUGAAACUAAUGUAUCUGAAGAUGACAUGUUAACAGUACAAGACGUAAUACAUGAUCGAUACAAAUCCGAAAAUCAAGAAAAAUUAAAUAAGAAUGGUUGUGUCCUACAAUGUAUUCUUCAAAAAGAUGGACUGAUGGAAGACGCAGAAUAUAAGUUAGAAAAGGUGCAUAUCGCAUUCAUCAAGAGAACAAAUAUUCAACCAGGAGAUAAAAGAUUGGAACAACUGGAAAAUUGCAUAAACAAAUCCAAAGACCUUACAGAAAAAUGCGAAAAAGCGUUUCUUUUGAGCGCAUGUCUUUUCAAAUCUGAACACGAACAUAUUCAUGAAUACGGGUAUAGUGAAUCCGCAAAAUAAUAAAUACAAAAAUAGCUG